AGUGCUAGUUGAGAUACGCUAGCAGGAAUAACAUCACGUAUAACAAUGAAAGAAUUACUAUUACUCACGUUUCUUUACUUUUUUGUAUCGACAUGUCUUGCAAAACUGGUUCAAAAAACUACAGACAAGCCUGUCUCGAAAUUAAUAGCUGAAGCCAAUAAACCUGAUAUUGUAACUAAAGAUAAAAUUGGUGAAUAUAUAAAUGUUCACAGCAGCAAGCAACGUAAUCCCAGGAAUCCAACCGUCACCCAAUCCCCGAAGAAUACAACAAAAAGCAAGCCCGAAAAGAAGAAAGUUUUGGUUAAAAAACCGAUACCUAAAUACCAAGAAGUCAACAGUGAUGAAGAUUACCAGAUACGUAAUAGAUGGACAAAAAACCAAGACUCAGCUGAACAUGAAGACGAAGAUUUCAAUAUUAAUGAUUAUGAGUUCGAUGUAAAUCACGACGAAUUUGUAAGUGGAAGGAAACCUUUAGAACCGAGAACUAAAUUUGUCGCAAAGCCCCAACGCCCAAAAGAAUCUGUAAAAGAAGAGAAAGCACCAAAACCUAAAAAAGCUCGAUCAUUGGCUAAACAAAAAAAUAUUUUCCCCAGAAAUAUAGGCUCUAUUAAUCUGAGAAAUCCUGCAGACAAAAUGAAAGAAGACGAUUAUGAUCAAGAAUUUUCAACAACUACACAAGCUACUACAGAUUCUAAGCGCGAAAAAGAUGAUGAUGAAGAUAGUGAUGAGUUUGAAGAUAGCAGUGAAUUCACUCGAUCCGCUGUUAGAAUAGUCAGGUCACCCUGGCACAUAGGUUUAGGAACAUAUGUUGAUAAACUUGGCGAGAAAACUUCUAAUAUGAUGACAAAAUUUUUAAGCAUAUUGCCUAUAUUUCCACAAGUACCUCAAGCGAAGAAAUUAAGUGAAGAUUUAUCAUUCUUAGACAACACAGUAGCAAAUCCGUUAAGAGGUAGAUAAUAAUUAUUUUAUUAAUUAUAUUAUGACGUUCUAUAAUAUAUAUUUUAAUUGUUCGUAGGAUGGGGUAAUGCACAAUUGAUUUUUUAAAAUGCCUAAGUAAAGAGUAAAAUAAUGCACGGUUUUACAAUUUGCAAUAAUUCAGUACAUAAUUAACUAACAAAAAAACAAAACAUUCAAUUUAUAUUUAAAAAAUUGUACAGAUCAACAACUGCUAUAUUUAGCAAUUUAUACUUUGUUUAAGAAAUGUAUUUGUAUUAAGUAUUUUCUUAUGUGGGUGAUUAAAUGAUUUUUACAAGGAAA